AUGGAGGAGAGCCAGUUUGAUGCUGUCAUCUUCGGGACAGGGCUGGUGGAGAGCAUGACGGCCGCUGCCCUAUCGAAAGCAGGCUACAAAGUCGCUCACAUUGACGUCAAUCCCUACUACGGCGGUGACGAAGCGAGUCUUUCGCUCGAGGAGUUUGUACAAUGGGCAGAUCAAGUAUCGAGCUCGAGUUCAGAGCCCUCGAACCCUCCACCUCGUUUCCAACGUGUCUCCCGAUCCCCCGAGGUACCCCCUCAAUCGCGCCAGUACUCCAUAUGCCUCCAACCCGCUGUCAUACCUUCAACAGGGCCCCUGAUCGCGUCGCUAGUGUCCUCUGGGGUGGCCAAAUAUAGUGGGUUCCGGCUGGUGGACUGUGUCAGCGUGUACGAUUCUUCGGGUCGCGUAAAGAGUGUACCAGGGAGCAAGGAGGAUAUCUUCAAGAGCAAGGAGAUUAGCUUGAUUGAGAAGAGGCGGUUGAUGCGGUUUUUGACAUUCGCUGCCGGCGAUCUGGAAGGCAGGCAGGAGCUCGAAGGGAAACGGGACACGCCCUUUGUCGAGUUCUUGAAGACGACGUUUACGUUGAGUGACGAGAUUGCGAACGUCAUUGCAUACUCGCUUGCCUAUUGCAUGUCUGCGACAGAACCGACGUUCCCCACUCUUCGGCGACUGCAGCAAUACUUACGAUCUGCUGGAAGAUAUGGGCCGUCACCUUUCUUAAUCGGACAUUAUGGCUGCCUCGGCGACAUUGCGCAAGGAUUCUGUCGAGCCGCAGCUGUCAGUGGAGCAGUCUACAUCUUAGGCAGAAAGGUCACCAACAUUUCGCGUGCAUUCCUAACGAAGACGGAAGAGAAGGACGAUUUUCCCUCCUCAUCGGACGAGAAAGAGAAACUAGCUUUUAAUUACAACAUCGAUCUCGAAGAUUUCCCCGACACGCUGUCCUGCAACUUAAUCAUCUCGUCGCCUACAUAUAUUCCGUCGGCUUUGAGAGAAGAAACCCUUCAAGUCCCCUCGCCUUCUCGAGAGUUUGACUCGAACGUAUCGUGUCUUGCGCGUUGCGUAGCCAUCCUAGAUCAAGCCCUCGCGCUCCGAAUGCAAGACCCCCAGCCCUCUACGCCAGAACCAACGGAAGAAGACGAAGAAGACUCCCAGACCGCUGAGACUGCACCCAAGGCCGUUGGUGUUGACACGGCGAUACUUGUAUUUCCGCCUUCGUCUGUUGCAGGAGGCUCCACUGCGCAUUCGGCGGCUGUUCUAAUCAACGGAGAAGGUAGCCUGUCGACGCCUAGGGACAGAUGGCUAGUCUACAUUACGCUUCCUCUCUCUCAGCAGCCAGAGGCGUCGACAUCGGCUGAAGCGCUCCUUAAACCCUACCUGGAUGCCUUACUCCUGCUGUCCGCCGAUCCCUCUCAUUCACCCAUUAAGCCACUGUUUACAGCCUUCUACCUUGAGAAUCCUGGGCCUCAAUUGACUACCCCAGGCUCGUCCAUGGACACAGAAUCUAGCAGCUACCUUGUUCUAGCGCCUUUACCUUUAGUCUCUCUGCCUGAUUUUCCGGACGAGGCAGCUCUGAAUGCUGAAAGCACGUUCAAGCAAGCAAUUAAGUUUCUGCGGUCCAUCAGCAAAGAGAACAAAGAAGAUGAGGAGGAGCUUGGUUUCUGGCCACCGUUGCCAGCAGACGAGGAUGCCGAUGAUAAUGAAUGGUAA